AUGGCCCCGUCUGUGACGUCGUUUGGCCCCCUUCGGUGUGAGCGAGCCUUCUCCUCUGCAUCGCUGCCCUCGGGCUCUCCACGGGGAGAGGGGAUCCAUCCGCUACAGUGCCCGCUCGCCCCUGUAACCAUGGUUGCAAACGCCUGUUGGAUCGACAGCAGCCAUCAGCCAGCGCGACAAGCCUCACCCUCGUCUUUCGUCUCUUGCACAUCACCACUUCCUCCUCCUCCCCAAACCAUGGCAACUGGUGUCGACUCCUCCAACGGCUCCGGCAAGAUGGAUCUCAAGACCGACUACGCCGCUCCGCGCAUGUCCACCGAGGACAAUGCCGACCACUUCCUCGAGUCGCUGGGCUACAAGCCCGAGCUGUCGCGCAACCGCUCGACCGCCCAGGUCGCCUUCAUGUCCUUUGUCCUCGCCUCGAUCCCCUACGGUCUCGCCACCACCCUCAUCUACCCCAUGAUUGGCGGCGGCUCCGUCGUCGUCAUCUGGGGCUGGGUUCUCGUCUCUCUCAUCAUCGUCUGCGUCGCUGCCUCUCUUGGUGAAAUCACCAGCGUCUACCCCACUGCUGGAGGUGUCUACUAUCAAGCCUUUAUGCUCUCCCCGCCCAACUGGCGUCGUAUCGCCAGUUGGGUCUGCGGCUGGCUCUACGUUGUCGGAAACAUUACCAUUACCCUCGCCGUCAACUUCGGUACUGCCCUCUUCUUCAUUGGCUGUAUCAACGUCUUUGACAAGGGUCUCGAUGCCGAGGGCGCCCCCAUUCCCAUGAUUGCGGGCAACAGCUGGCAGCAGUUCCUCAUCUUCCUCGCCAUCACCGUGCUGUGCAACCUUAUUUCCUCUCUUGGAAACAAGUGGCUGCCCUGGAUCGACACUGCCGCCAUCUUCUGGACAUUUGCCGGCGUCAUUGCCAUUACCAUUACCAUUCUUGUCAUGGCCAAGAACGGCCGCAACUCUGGCGCUUACGUCUUUGGUAACUUUGAGACUUCCUCCGGCUGGCCCAAGGGCUGGUCCUUCAUGGUCGGCCUCCUGCACGCCGGCUACGCCACUUCAUCAACCGGCAUGAUUAUCUCCAUGUGCGAAGAAGUCCAGGAACCCGCCACCCAGGUCCCCAAGGCCAUGGUCGCCACCAUCUUCAUCAACACCUUUGCCGGCCUGCUCUUCCUCGUUCCCCUCAUGUUCGUCAUGCCCGCCGGCGAAAUCGCCGCCAUCAUCGACUCGGGCCAGCCCGUCCCUUACAUCAUCAAGUCCGCCGUCGGCUCCCCUGGCGGUGCCAUCGGCCUCCUGGUUCCCCUCAUGGUCCUCGCCCUCAUCUGUGGCAUCGGCUGCACCACUGCUGCCUCCCGCUGCGUCUGGGCCUUUGCUCGCGACGGUGCCAUUCCCGGCUCCAAGUGGUGGGUCACGGUCAACAAGAAGCUCGACGUGCCCCUGAACGCCAUGAUGCUCAGCAUGGUUGUCCAGAUUGUGCUCGGCCUCAUCAACUUUGGCUCCGCCGUUGCCUUUAAUGCCUUCUCCGGUGUCGGUGUCAUUUGCCUGACUGCGUCGUACGCGACUCCCAUUGCCAUCAACAUGCUCACGGGCCGUCGCCACGUAGCCGAUGCUCCCUUCCGCCUCGGCAAGUUUGGCUACUUUGCCAACUUUGUUGCCGUCGCUUGGUCCCUCCUCGCCCUCCCUCUCUUCUGCAUGCCCACCAACUAUCCCGUCACCAAGGUCGAAAACGUCAACUUUGCCUCGGUCGUCUUCGCCGCCGCCAUGGCCAUCUCUGCUCUGUGGUACAUUGUCUGGGGCCACCGCAACUACGCCGGUCCCCCCGUGCAGGAGCACCAGCACACGCUAUAA